CGGGCCUCCCUCCAUCAAAUGUCUCGCGCUCUGCGAGUGGAGCCCGCCACGUGGAUGUUCGUUCCUACAAUAGUUCAGUAGAAGCGAGCGAGAACCACGUUGCAACCUUCCUUGCGUACCCUCUUCUGGCUGGGCGAACAGUAAGUACAUCGUUCCCCGCUUCUCUGUUUCCCUUCAUUGUCCUUCGUCUUUAUCUACAACUUGGAGAGGCACUUGUAGCACACGGAAAAAGAGAGUGCGCCCGAUCGCGAAUUCAUGGAAGAGAUGGAAGCAGACGAUAAUUUCUCCGACGAAGCGUUCGAUGCGCAGUCCACAACCACCAGCUACGUAACGAGUAUAGCGAGUGAGAUUCGGGAAGGUAUUGAAGUGUACGGCCGGAGAUAUGCCGCAUAUGGACAACAUUUCUAUGGACUUCCCAUCGACGAGCAAGAACAGGAGCGGAAUGACCUGCAGCACUGCAAGAUCCUGUUACUGUAUGAAGGCCGACUUCAUCUUGCGCCGAUGACUGCACAGCCUCAGAAUAUCCUCGACCUGGGAACAGGUAAUGGAACUUGGGCAAUACAAAUGGCCGACACCUACCCAUCGGCUUCGGUCAUUGGAGUCGACCUUGCAGCCGUCCAGCCAAACUGGGUGCCGCCCAACCUGUCGUUCGAAAUCCUCGACGUCGAGUCAGAGUGGAUGUACCCUAAGGCGAGAUAUGAUCUGAUCCACGGCAGGGAGCUCAUUUUUGCAAUCCGUGACUGGCCAGGACUCAUCUCCCAAGCAUACGACCAUCUUCUACCCGGUGGGUACCUGGAGCUGGCCGUCACUGUUCCCCAGGUCAACUGUGAUGACGGCACUUGUCCUCCAGAGUCUUGCUAUCGAGAGAUGAGCAGGAUGCAUUUCCAGAUAGCCGAAGCAAUGGGCAUAGAUGGGCACGCCGCUAAGAAGUGGAAGACCUACUUUGAGGCCCGAGGCUUUGAGGAUGUCCGCGAAAGAAUUUUCAAGAUACCCACCAAUCGUUGGCCGAAAGAGAAAAGGCUGAAAACCAUCGGUGCUCUAGAAGUCGCCAACUUCUUGCAAUACUCGUCAGCCGGGUUUGAGAGGGGUGCGGUCGGCUUGUUAGGCAGAGAUCCGAACGAGUUGCAGAUACUCCUGGCGCAAACGAGGAAAGAAAUCAUGGAUCGCAAUGUCCAUUCCUAUGUUUAUUUUUAUAAUGUUUAUGGUCGACGGCCUCAACUAUCAAAUCCGAGUCUGGAGACUCGCUGAGGACAGUUAGUAAUACGGGACGCAAGGAUAAACGAGCUAUCUGACGUUCAUACCACAGUCUUCCCAUCUGCGGCUGGAAGAUCCUCUGGGUGCGCUCUUCUCCUUCAGGAAAAAUUUCGAAGAUGGAUGGGCCUUUCGGUUUUCAGCCAGGAGAUUGCAGGCUUUCUGCGCCUGAACGAUUAUCAACGCUGAACGAAUGCGCCUGCUAGCAUUCAAACAGCUGGAGCAGAAACAAGAGUUGGGCUUCAGUGCUGCCAGAACACUCUGCUGCUGCUGCUGCAUGUGGAUUUCUGAUUGGCAUGAAUUGAGCAUGGAGGUCGCCUGGUCUACGAGUCCACCCAGAAGAAGUCCACUUCCGAGAGUCGAUGUCGACAUUGGCGAAAUCAAUUAUGCUCUGCAUAGGUCGAACACCGUUGCACAAGAUGCGAGAACAGACGUCUCCAGGACGCAUAUUCACGUAUACCUUUCUUGGCAGCUUGGGCCUAGUGAGCCUCAAGUUAAUCCAGCGCCCUCUACGAAAUGUCGGCGCGAAGACGGUCGGGUAGCUGACCUGACUUCGCCGGAGAAUAUCAAGUCAGACGUCGCACCGCAGCAGCAUAGCUCCUAGCGUUGGCAAUGGUCUUGAAAGCCACAUGAAGGCUUGACUUGGUCAGAUAGUGGUAUUGCCAUCUUGAUGACUUGGGUACCAGUCCUGCCUUGUCUUUCAAGCAAAAGUCAAGCCUGGGCUAUUGCAAGCCUUGUGAGCAGGGAAUGUUACCUCGCGCCGGUUUACAGACUAGUCUCUUUCCCCAGAGACUCCGUUGAGGGCGAAGCAUUGAUGGCCGGAUAUGCUUUGCUCAUGCGGCACAAGCCCUGAACAGGCCAAAACUCAUGACAGAACCACACAGCAUGUAGAC